UGCCUUCAAAUAGUUUUCUCCCUUAUUUCUAGAGACACAAAUACAUAUGAUAGUUUUCAUCUCUAUAUAUGCAUAUAUUUUCAAAUUAUAAGAUUAAUUUAAAUAUUAUUUAGAAAAAAAAUGAGUUGCCCUAAUUGAUGAAGAUUAGGAUGGUGAAUUUUUCCUAUAAUUGUAACAAAAGAACAAAUAAUUGAAGGAUUUAUCACUAUGGAAGAACUUGCAUCAACCAUCCAAACAUGAACGAACAUUCAACAAGGGAAGAAAUUCAAGAAAUGUUGAAUGAGGCUGAUACUGAUGGAGAUGGUACAGUGGAUUUUGAUGAGUUUUUGAGUGUCAUGACAAGAAAAACAAAGGAAAACGUGGCAGAUGAGGUCAAAGGAGCUAUCAGGGUGUUUAAUUGGGAUCAAGAUGGAUUCAUAUUGGGCAUUGAAGUGAAUGCCCCAAACCCCGAAGCCUGCAAAAGGGCGCCGAACGGCAGAAAUCAUUGUGCUAGAGCCCCUUUGGUCCUGCAAAAAGGAAAGGGUAGAAAAAUAAUGAAGUUUUUGGUACUAAGUAAAUGUUAUGCUAGAUUGUUAAGGACAAUAAAGUCAAUGCCGGGCUUUAGAUCCGAGAACGCGGCGUCCGUCAGAGAAGACGCUUUUAUUCUUUCGGCGAAAGCAGAACUUCAAGAGGUCAGAGAUGGAGACGGGGAGCAGGUGAUCGGAGUCGAGGGCUUAAUAUUCAGUGACGGAUUUAGAAAUUUUACUCAGGGCUCGUUUGAUUUGGCUGCCUCGGCCUCUGGGAACAUUGUAUUUGAGUUAGUGGGUAAGAGAAGUCUUCCUUUCCGAUUGUUGGAACCAGUUUCCAAUGUGGUCGCACGCCCUCUGCCGAACGACAUUCUUGAUUGGCAUUAUGUGUUGGAGGGAAGUCAAGGAACUGCUUUUGCAGGUGGAUAUUACUAUGGAAAGAUAAAGUUUCCUCCAGAAUACCCUUUCAAACCUCCAGGAAUCAGCUGGACAAUAGUCCCACCACAGGCAGCGUCUCAAUUACUGAUGAAGAAAAACGGAUGCUUGCAAAGGCUUCUCUGGCUUUUAAUUGUAAAAACUAGCAGACGAGCAACCUGCAAAUCAGGCAGAAAACAAUCCGCCCAGGACAAGAACUCCACUCUGACUAGACGUGGGCCCACUGAGGAGCCAGUAAACGACCAACUCCCGAAAGAGUUGAAUAACAAUCAACCCCAGCAACUGAGGAGAUCCAUCCCUACAUGGCUGCUCUUAUUGCUCGUUUCGAUUUUUUCGGCCAUGAUGGCCUUGCCUUCGCUCCAUCUUUAA